AGAAUUAUUGCGUUUCAUCUUUGACCGCAAUUAUAAUUAAAAUAAUCUAUUAUUAUACUUCGAAUUAUAAGCAACACGAAGGUGGGUAGCACAAUAAAAAUGAACUCGGUAGUCGGUAUUGUUUAUGAUUCUGUAUUCUGUGUUGAUAAUGCCGUUAUCAGUGGAAUUCCGAACAUUCGAGGUGUGUCAUCCGUCGAAAACUAUCCGAACUGCGCCGCUACGUUACACAAAUUCAACAAUUCCGCCGGAUCUCAUCCGCUUAACCCAUGCAGGUUAAGAAUUGAAAAGCGCGCGUCACAUUAUCACCGUCCACCGACCGGUAACGAAAUUUGAUACCGUUUCAUAUUACACAGCAAACCUACGUACUUGGAAGUCGUGAGUCGCGACGAAUCGAUUGUGUUGAAUAUCGUUUCACCUGCGAACGAUGACGGAGACGUUCAAAUUGUCCGACUACGAUUGCAUCGGUUUCGACCUAGACAACACGAUAUGCGAAUACCGCAUAGGGCCCAUGGUCCAGAUGAUUUAUGACGUACUGAUCGAUUACCUUAUAAAAAAUUACAAUUACUCGGACGAGCACCUGCGGCAGCCAAUAGAUUUCGAUUUCUUUCAGCGGGGGCUGUUUUUAGACGCUGAAAAGGGUAACAUUUUAAAAAUAAACGGUACAGGUCAAAUACUGAGAGCAGCCCACGGCACCAAGUUCAUGACCGACGAAGAAAUUGUAUCGGUGUAUGGCCCGAACAGGACGUGGACGGUGACUGAUGUGUUUGUGCAAAAUUUUCUAGAAACUUGGAACGGACCCAUGUCCGAAAAAAUCAGACCUCUUCUUGAUUUUUUUGAUAUUCCUGUGUCACUUGUAUUUGGACGUUGUAUAGAUGGUAUUGAUAACAAAUCUCGCCCUCAAACCUAUAAUGUCUGGCCUGAUGUGUUAAAAGGCUUGAUCUACAUGUACUCUAGAGAUAACUUUUCUGCAAAUACUGGCGAUUACUUUCCAUACUUGAAAUCUUCACCCUCCUUAUAUUAUAAUAAAUGCCCAGACUAUGUACUCAACUGGCUCAAAGAACUAAAACAAACUAAAAAAGUUUUCCUGAUUUCGGGAUCACAUGUUGAUUAUGCCAAUUUUACAGCUACACAGUCAUUAGGUGAAAACUGGAAAGAACUAUUUGAUAUAGCUGUUUUUUAUUCAAGAAAACCUGGAUUCUUCACUACGAAUAGACCAUUUUAUAACACCGACCCUCAAAUGUUAAACGAAUGUGAUAUUGUGGACAACAUACAAUUUAACAAUAUUUAUAGUCAAGGUAAUUGGGAUCAGUUGCAUGAUUUAUUAAAAAAAGAAACUGGGAAGUCGAACCCAAAGUGUUUGUAUAUUGGCGAUAAUAUACUGCAAGACGUCGUUGCUCCCUCCAAGUUCUCUGGUGUAGAUACUAUAGCUGUUGUUGAGGAAAUGAAAUUAGAUUCAAAUGACAAUGAUAUUAAUCCUGACAAUAGCAUGUUAAGAACAAACAAAUGGAGUUCAUAUCUGAUUGACUGCGACAAGAAAGACACAUCCAUUUGGACUUCAUUCAUUGCGAAUCACGGAAAACUUUGUAUUCCAUCCAUUAAGAAUUUGGCAAAAAAGCCUAUAAAUUUUGAAUUUACACCAUUUCCCAAAAGUAAAGUUUCUAUUAAUGGUAAUGGUUUUUUUCCAUUUAUACCCAAUAGCUUAUACAAAAUUUUAAAGUAAUUAUGUAAAGGCAUUAAUAAAGUUCUCUUGUUUACUUUUUAAA